ACGUUCCAAGGUGAAAUGGCACAGAGACAAAAUCAGACAGAGUCAGUUAAAUUCUCCUGUUCCAUCUGUUUGGAUCAACUGAAGGAUCCAGUGACUAUUCCUUGUGGACACAGCUACUGUAUGAAUUGUAUUAAAGACCACUGGGAUGGAGAAGAUCAGAGAAGAAUCCACAGCUGCCCUCAGUGCAGGAAAGAGUUCAUACCGAGGCCUGGACUGGAGAAAAACAUCAUGUUAGCUGAUUUUGUGGAGGAGCUGAAGAAGACUGGACUCCAAGCUGCUCCUGCUGAUCACUGCUAUGCUGGACCUGAAGAUGUGGCCUGUGAUGUCUGCACUGGGAGGAAGAGGAAAGCUGUCAAGUCCUGUCUGGUCUGUUUGGCGUCUUACUGCCAAAAUCACCUUCAACCUCAUUAUGAAUCACCUACGUUUAAAAAACAUAAUCUGGUUGAAGCUUCUACUAAACUUCAGCAGAGGAUCUGCUCUCGUCAUGAUGAGGUGAUGAAGAUCUUCUGUCGUACUGAUCAGCAGUGUAUCUGUUUUCUUUGCACUAUGGAGGAACAUAAAGGCCAUAAAACAGUCCCAGCUGCAGCAGAAAGAGCUGAGAAGCAGAAGAAGCUCCAGGAGAGUCGACAACAAAUCCAUCAGAGAAUCCAGGACCAAGAGAAAGAUGUGAAGCUGCUUCAACAGGAGGUGGAGGCCAUCAAUGUCUCUGCUGAUAAAGCAGUGGAGGACAUUGAGAAGAUCUUCACCCAGCUGAUCCGUCUCCUCCAGAAAAGAAGCUCUGAGGUGAAGCAGCAGAUCAGAUCCCAGCAGGAAACUGAAGUGAGUCGAGUCAAAGAUGUUCAGGAGAAGCUGGAGCAGGAGAUCACUGAGCUGAAGAGGAAAGACGCUGAGCUGGAGCAGCUCUCACACACAGAGGAUCACAACCAGUUUCUCCACAAGUACCCCUCACUGCCAGCACUCAGGGAGUCGACACAUUCAUCCAUGAUCAAGAUCCGUCCUCUGAGAUACUUUGAGGACGUGACAGCAGCUGUGUCAGAGCUCAGAGACAAACUACAGGACGUCCUGAGAGACACAUGGAGAAAAAUCUUACUGAAAGUCACUGAGGUUGAGGGUUCGCUGUCAGAACCAGAACCAAAGACCAGAGAUAAAGUACAGGACAUUCCUUCAGACACAAGAACAAACAUCUCACUGAAGGUCACUGAAAUGGACGUUCUACUGUCAGAACCAGAACCAAAACCAGAACUGAAUUCUAAAAAUAUUCACAAAAUGUCACUCUGGACCCAGACACAACACACAGGAAGCUUUUUUUAUCAGAUAGAAAUAGAAAAGUAACAUCAAAACUUCCCU